AUGCUUCGGUUUCUCUAUGCUUUGAAGUUGAACCACAUUGAAGGGAAACGAAGAGCCAAAGGAUUUGGAAGCUUGAACCUUGAAGAAGAGAGUGAGACGCGUGGACGUUUUGUUCAGCUAAUACGAAGUUCAUCGUCUUCAAUCUUCAUCGUCGUCGCCUGUUACCGUCGUCUUCCCACCUCCGAUACCAUUUGCUUCAAAAUCUCAGAGUCUUUUAGCCGUGAGAAGAUGAGAAUCACGCAGAUCAUAUUAUGCCUUGUGAUCGUAGCAUUCUCUUCAAGCUCCUAUGUGUAUCCCGAUCAGAUCUUCCCAGCUCAUCUAGUUGGAACAUUCAGCCGAAACAAUCGUGAACCAAAGUACAAUAUUGAGUUUCUUCCUGAAGAUUCACCUUUUCAUCCGGGUGAUAAUCUGGAAUCUAUGGUUAUGCUUGAUAAGCAAGGGCGUAAAUUUUUGUGUUACUUACCAAAAGAAGAAGAGUCUACGAAGGGAUGGACCUCUACUCAGCAAAACAUUAGCACUGUGAUGAUGGAAACUGAGAAACAAGUGAAGCUAAAGACUCCAGAUGAAUUGCUUGAACUACUAAAUGAGAAAUGUCUUAUCAGGCAAGAAGGUUGGUGGUCUUACGAGUUUUGUCAUCAGAAGGAGGUAAAGCAGCUACACGUGGACGGUGAGAAGGUUGUACAAGAGUUUUACUUGGGUAUCUUUGACCCAGAGGCAACUGCUGCUUUUAACCAGAAUGUAUCUGCUGAUGCAUUACAGAGGUAUCAUUCUCAUAUUUACACCAAUGGUACCAUCUGUGAUCUUACAGGAACGCCUCGAGAAGUCGAGGUGAGGUUUGUAUGUGCGGAAACCAAGGCAAUGGUCACUUCGAUCACUGAGCUCUCCACUUGCAAGUACGCUCUUACUGUUCAGUGCCCAACCUUGUGCAAGCAUCCGCUGUUUCAGCUGGAGAAACCAGUGUCGCACACGAUCCACUGCAAUUUGAUCCCAGCGGAAGAAGUCGCAACAAGAAACGAGGAAGAACAAAUAGUAGGCGAGUCACCAAAGAUGAUAGCUGAUUCUUGA